AUGACAGCGCAAGACUAUGCUUCAGUAAUGCCAACUUAUUCAACCGCUCUAUCCGCUUACAAUCAAUACCCUUAUCCAUCCAGUAACAAUUUAGCCAAUGGAACAUUACCAACUUACUAUACCUCAAAUUACAUGAAUCCUGUUAAUCAAAGCUACAACAGUUUUGGAGUAGCAAGCGGAAUAUCGCCUCUAGCUUCAACUACCAAUCGAACAUCCUCUACUAUUGUUAAUAAUGCAUCCACUUCUGCUGCAACUGCCGGAAGUUCCACUUCGGCGAUUGCUGAUUCAUCAUCAUCACUCACGCAAAUAUCCCAAAAUUGUCGUUCUUCUCGGGUCACCUUCAAUGAACAAACACAACAGGAACUUGCUCAGAUGCGUACUUAUAAUGGUAAAAUAGGCAAUGCAAAGCCGCCAUUUUCAUAUAUCUCACUGAUAACGAUGGCAAUUCAACGAUCCGAAUCUCGUAUGCUAACACUUUCAGAAAUCUACCAAUUCAUAAUGGAUAAUUACGCCUACUACCGACAGAACCAGCAAAGAUGGCAAAAUUCGAUCAGGCAUUCACUUAGCUUCAACGAUUGUUUCGUCAAAGUACCCAGGACACCGGAUAAACCAGGAAAAGGUAGUUUCUGGACUCUUCAUGAAGACUGUGGUAAUAUGUUUGAAAAUGGAUGUUAUCUGAGGAGGCAAAAGCGAUUUAAAAUCAAUGAUGGUAAACCAAAAAAUAAGAAAAUUAAGAAUGGACAUGGCGGAAGAACGGGUCAAAUAAAGGAAGAGCACGAUGAAGAUGUUGCAGAUAAUAAAGGGGUCAGUAAUGCAAGUGAAAUGAAAGUUUCAAGUAAAACGCAACAGCCCGAUACGGCAUGCUCACCACCAAGCGAAGCUGAAACAAGUACCAAUACCGAUCGUAUUAUUGCCAGUGGCACAACUCCACAGCUAAUCAGGACCCAGCAGCAGGUAAUGCAACCUGUGCAGUUACCUGCUACCACUUCAUUGAUAGCACCUACCGUAAGCAGUCAACCGACAAGUGUCAUUUCAGCUGUGGGAACCGUACCGAUGAACCCUUAUGCCAGUCAAUAUCCAUCCUUUGGAUUGUACUCGAAUGGUGCGAUGACCGCUGUGCCAGAUUUAUCACAGACGACAUUACCUACUUUAACACCAAGUGCUUUCCGUAUUGGAAGUCUUAUCGAUAAUUAUAGUAUGUACAAUAACAUGUAUGCUACACAACCGAGUAAUACACUUAACGAUUACCCUUAUCAGCAAACAUUGUAUAGGUAG